GCGCGCAAUUACGCAACACCCCCUCCUGUCCUGUGCGCUAAAACCUGAUCAGCGUCUCUCCUCAGGUCCUGCACCCAAAACACAGCGGACAGCUCUCAGACUGCUAGCUUCAGCCAGCUCUACUCACCAUGGGAAAGGAGAAACAACACAUCAAUAUCGUCGUGAUCGGCCAUGUGGACUCAGGCAAGUCCACCACCACGGGCCACCUCAUCUACAAGUGUGGAGGCAUCGACAAGAGAACUAUCGAGAAGUUUGAAAAAGAGGCGGCUGAGAUGGGGAAGGGGUCGUUCAAGUACGCCUGGGUGCUGGACAAGCUGAAGGCAGAAAGGGAGCGUGGAAUUACCAUCGACAUUUCGCUGUGGAAGUUUGAAACCAACAAGUACUAUGUGACCAUCAUCGAUGCCCCGGGUCAUAGGGACUUCAUCAAGAACAUGAUCACCGGGACCUCCCAGGCAGACUGUGCUGUGCUGAUUGUGGCGGCCGGUGUGGGAGAGUUCGAGGCCGGUAUCUCUAAGAACGGACAGACCCGUGAACAUGCCCUUCUGGCCUAUACUCUGGGAGUGAAGCAGCUCAUUGUAGGCGUCAACAAGAUGGACUCCACCGAGCCAAACUACAGCCAAAAGCGCUAUGAGGAAAUCGUGAAGGAAGUGAGCACCUACAUCAAGAAGAUCGGCUACAAUCCGGACACCGUGGCCUUUGUACCCGUUUCAGGCUGGAACGGAGACAACAUGCUUGAGGCCAGCCCCAAUAUGACAUGGUUUAAGGGGUGGAAGGUCAAUAGGAAAGAUGGCAAUGCUUCAGGGACCACACUCCUGGAGGCUCUGGAUGCCAUCCAGUCGCCGAGCCGUCCAACAGACAAACCUCUGCGUCUGCCUCUGCAGGACGUCUACAAGAUAGGAGGUAUUGGAACUGUGCCUGUUGGCCGUGUGGAGACCGGGAUACUAAAGCCUGGCAUGGUGGUGACCUUUGCCCCCGUCAAUGUGACUACUGAGGUGAAGUCUGUGGAGAUGCACCAUGAGGCGCUGAAUGAGGCCCUGCCCGGAGACAACGUGGGCUUCAACGUCAAGAACGUGUCGGUCAAGGACAUUCGCCGUGGAAAUGUGGCCGGCGAUAGCAAGAGCGACCCCCCGCUGGAAGCUGCCAACUUCACUGCUCAGGUGAUUAUCCUCAAUCACCCGGGCCAGAUCAGUGCCGGUUACGCUCCUGUGCUCGACUGUCACACUGCUCACAUCGCCUGCAAGUUUGCAGAGCUCAAGGAAAAGAUUGAUCGCCGCUCUGGCAAGAAGCUUGAGGACAACCCCAAAUUCCUCAAGUCUGGAGAUGCUGCCAUUGUGGAUAUGGUUCCCGGCAAGCCAAUGUGUGUUGAGAGCUUCUCCGAGUACCCUCCACUUGGCCGCUUUGCAGUGCGGGACAUGCGUCAGACUGUGGCCGUCGGAGUGAUUAAAGGUGUGGAGAAGAAGGCCUAUUCCACUGGUAAAGUUACCAAGUCCGCCCAGAAGGCCCAGAGGAACAAAUGAAUGUUGUGCUUCUCUGCCGACCGCAAGGUCUCCCAGGGCAGGACAUCCGUCAUCCAAUUCCACUCUUCAAUUGGCUGCUUAAUAAUCAAAGACUGGUUAAUCAUCACAAUGCAUCGAAAAAGCAUUCGGCGGAAAGAACGACAUUUAGAUCUCGAGUCCUUGAGGCAGAAAUCCUGACUCCAUUGGUUAGAUUACCAUUAGUUACAAUGUAAUAUCAAUCAGUUAACGUGCACAGUCCAUUCGGUUCAUGACAAUAUUUUUCUGUGAUAUUGAUAUUGAACUAUUAGAGAUACUGAAACUUAUCACCGCUCAAGCUUUCUGGAGUGCAGGCACUGUUCUCUUUAUGUGUUGUCUUGCUUUUAGUGUUUGUUUGUAACUUCAUGGUGCUCUGUAUGGCACAAUGCUAUAACUACGUUCUUCCGAGUAGUAGAUAAGUAGAACUUGGUGAUUGUUGUGUUUAAAUUAUAAAAAGGACUUAAAACAAAUGGUGGAUAUGUGCCCUUCCCGAGGGUUUUUAGAGUAAACUACCUGUUGAUUCCUAAAGCACUUUGAUUGGCAUUUUGCUAAAUUUGCACUUGAGAAGCUUUAAUUGGCAUACGCUACUACACCUUACUGUAAGAUGGCAUGAGCCUCUUUCUAACAUUAAACACGUUUCAACCAAAAUGUU